AUGCGUCGGGCGCGCAAGCGCAACUCCAUUUUCUUCGCAGUGGCGGAGCUAGAGGCUGAAGCAGCAUCAAGCACGCCGACGAAGGCGCGCAUGGCUGGAUACGAAGUGUAUGAUAUUGACGGAAAGGUGCUGCCUGAUCUUGUCCCGCGUUUGAGUUGCGCGACGAAAGGUGAAAUGGCUUCGAAUAGGGAUUCGUUUACGGCUUCGUAUUUUGGGGUAGCAUUGUGCGCCCCAGUGGCGAAAGGAGAUGCAGAUUCAGCCGUCGAUGAGUGCAUUGGUGACGAAGGGAAGAAAAUGAACUGCUACGAAGAGCUCCGGUUUGAACGGCCAGAAGACAGGGGAUUCUAUCAGCGUCGAAUGUAUGGAACAACGUUUGUGCCGCAGCACCUUCGUGGAUUGACAACGCUCAUCCUUCGCCGUGUACGCUUCGAGCGGAAGUCGACGGGCAUCCGAUUUAACCAGGACCGAGACCGCGAGGAGUUCGCAGCGUCAUUGAGCAAGCGCUACACGUUCAACUCGUCCGUUCCUCGCUGUGCUAUUCCGCGUGACAACUGGCUGAAGUUGAUGAAAGGCCAGCCGAGCACUGCUUACUUGCACUAUCGCAACCGCGAAGAUGCUGAACGCGCUUCGCACGUGUUUCGAGACGAUCUUGGAAAUCCCCUGGAGAUGAAGCUCGAGUAUAAAGCGGGUGUUGUGAUCAGUCGAAGCUCGUCUCCAGCUAAUAAUCGUGGACAUAAUGAAACGCCACGGCGCUCAUACUCAAGCGAGCGGGAGAGCAGUAGCGCUCGUAAUACUCCUCGAUGGCAACAAGAGCGUCAGUCAAGU